GGUGCCACGGUGGUGUGUGACCGGCCCACGGUGCGCGCGACUCGCGCUCCGUUUGGAGAGCCGCCUGUUUUUGCCACUGGAGGCCGGCCUCGCGCGCGGGGUGGCUCCGAGUAUCCGUCCCUGACCCGUUCGACCCCGCAGCACAGAAAGAACCGCUGAGAUCCAACUAGCUCAGAGACUUGUAACGAGAUGAAAUAAAUAUUAGGAUGCGGAAGUGCCCCAGAUAACGUGUAGAGCUGACAAGUUAGGAAUUCAUUCCUAAAUGUGCAUCUCUUGGCUUUAUGCGAAGCAAUUAUGUCCGCAUUUGCCGCUUUGGAACCAUCACCUUCAACCUCAGGGAGGUGAUUCCCUGGAAAAGCUUAGGACUGCUAAAACCGUGACACCGACCUUUCCUAGCUACCGAACACAUUGUUGUCUGCUCUUUGCGGCUCAGCUCACUCCAUGACUAUCAGUCAUAAGGCGACCUCUUUGCAACGUUAUUUAUUUGUUCGGUACAGAGUCUGGAGUCGGAAAUGGAUUAUCGAGUCGAAAAGAGAUUAUUUCAAACUAUUGACCCUGAGCUCACACCUGUGUCGACUUGCUAGUACUUUCCAUACGAACCUGGUAGGUACAGGUGAGAGUCCUGAACACUCAUCGUGUAGCAAUCUAAAUUUGCACCGGUAAAGCUAGUAAGCUUCUCAUUCGCCGAGUCGCUACAGACCAGCGGAGGCCCGAAACCGCCCUGCCGGGCUAAUACCGCCUUGAAGGAGGCGUAUCAGUCCACCAACGCCUGAAAGACGGUGGCGUUCAGUGUACUUACAGUAGUGCACCCCCUUUAGCCGUCCCGUGGGAACUGGCGGCUUGGUAAAUACCGGCGCCGCCACACUGCCUCAGGGCCGUGCGGUCGAUAUUGCCGACCUUGUUUGUUGCGGGUAAUUUGUUCUGUCUGGAAAUGGCGGUGUGAACUCGCCACAUAGCGAGGACUGGUAAUUUCUGUGUUUACCAGGAAAUGGCAUUGACGGAGCUGAGCCCACUAAUUAAGGCUUUUCAGUGAGUCGAUCAGGGUCGAGUUCAAUUUGAUGGUGCGCUGAAGCGCUCUUCAUCUCACAACGGCGGAGCGUUGAAUCGCGGAUGACCGCGCUGUUCUGGGUCCGGGCCUGAGAUGUCCGUUUGCGCUGGCGGCGGACGGGUCGGUUGAGACGGGAUCCCAUGGUAACCGGAGUUCAGUCUGAGCUCAGCGAGCUUCCACGAUUGAUCUCACUCUGAAGACGGUCCUCGACUGCCCCACUCUGCCAGACUGGGCGCCGUUUUACGGGCGCGUCGGCUCGUUGGUAGAAGAACGGUGUGCGCUGAACUCUGGCCGUCUGUUGGACAAGAAGCAGCUCUCCGAGGAGCGGGCCUGCUCGAAGGAGGAGAGGAGGUCGCGGUGGUGUAUAUGACGGAAGUGGUGUCUCAGUGAGCAGCGCACCGCAGUGGGUCGGGAAGGACACCCCGAAGGCCGUGAGUCGUGGCCGGGCGCCGUACCGACGCUGACGUCACGGCUCCGGCGAGCCGGCCGGCCGGCGCCGGCGGUCCGCCAGUCGGCUGGCGGUCGCGCGCGCGGAGGGUACAGGUCAGACGCCGCUGUUCCCACUCCGACACACGCGUGACCGGCCGACUGCCAGGAGUGAGACGGACUUGGAGCGGGCGCGGCGCGGUUCCAGUCGGGGUGGGGGUGAACCUUUCCGUCAGCGAUGCCGCCGGUGAUCAGUGAGGGCAAGCCGGCGAUGGCCCGCGGUCGGAGCCCGCAACAGGUGAUGCAGAACCACCCGUUCCUGCGACUGAUGAAUCUACCCGACAUCCUGCCUGGCGAGCGGACUAAGAGCAUCCACGUGCCGCACGUGGUAGUGACGGUGGGUCUGCCGGCACGUGGCAAAACGUACAUGGCGCGCAAGCUGGCCCGCUAUCUCAACUGGACCGGCAUCAAGACCAAAGUGUUCAACGUGGGCGAGUACCGUCGUCAGGCGACCACGCGCUACAAGAACCACGACUUUUUCCGUCCAGACAAUGAGGAGGCGAUGGCGAUCCGGAUCAAGUGCGCGCUGGACGCGCUGGAGGACGUCCGACACUGGCUCGAUGACGGCGGCAUGGUGGCGGUGUUUGACGCCACCAACACGACCAAAGAGCGUCGGCGCAUGAUCUUCGACAUCUGCACCCAGAAGCUCGGGUACAAGUGCUUCUUCGUCGAAUCCAUCUGUGAUAAACCCAACAUCGUCGAGUCGAACAUUCUGGAGGUGAAGCUGACCAGUCCCGACUACACGGACUGCGACAAGGAGACGGCCCUGCAGGAUUUCCUGCAGCGCAUCAACCACUACAAGGCCUGCUACCAGACCAUCGACGAGGUCGAGGAGGCCAUGCUCAGCUUCAUCAAGAUCUUCAACGCCGGCGAGAAGGUGAUGGUGCACAAACACGAGGGGCACCUGCAGGCCCGCAUCGUCUACUACCUGAUGAACAUCCACAUCACACCGAGGACUAUCUACCUCACACGGCACGGCGAGUCCGAGUUCAACCAGGUGGGGAAGAUCGGCGGCAACUCGCGCCUCUCGGAGCGUGGCGAGCGGUACUCGCGUGCCCUGGCUGACUACAUCCAUGAACAGAAGAUCGACGACCUGCGCGUGUGGACCAGCUGGAUGUUGCGCACCAUUCAGACGGCGCAGCACAUCUGCGCGCCCCAAGAGCGCUGGAAGACGCUGGACGAAAUCAACGCCGGCACCUGCGAGGAGAUGACUUACGAGGAGAUCCAGCACAAGUUCCCCGUAGACUUCGCCGCCCGAGACCAGGACAAGCUGAGGUACCGGUACCCGCGCGGUGAGAGUUACGAGGACCUGGUGGCCCGUCUGGAGCCCGUCAUCAUGGAACUGGAGCGCCAGGAGAAUGUCCUGGUGAUCGGCCACCAGGCCGUGCUGCGCUGUCUGCUCGCCUACUUCCUCGACAAACCAGCCGAGGAGCUGCCCUACCUGCACGUGCCGCUGCACACCAUCAUCAAGCUGAAGCCGACGGCGUACGGCUGCGAGGUGGACUACGUCAAGGUGCCGAUCGACGCCGUGGACACGCACCGGAGCCGCCCCAAGGUCCCGGGCAGCCUGUCUGCGCACCACCAGGGCGCUGCCAACGGCGCCAGCUGCUGUCACAACGGCCUCACCAACGGCACCACCAAGGGCAGCACCAGCACCAGUGGCAGCUACGCCGGUGCCGAGGCCACUUGUGAUCUCAUGUCCGAGGAAAAUAUGGUGGUGUAGCACUCGAGGUCGGACGGCCCGGCACGCGAUAGGACUUCAAUGCGACGCGCGAUUCUCCGCUCUCUGUGAAUGCCUGUGAUGCGAUUGUGACACUCAUGUCGACAUCUUGGUGCGGAGGUACCGCCUCAUGCGAUGUCUGAUGGAACUGUGCUCGGAAGGUUACUCGCCUGGCGCCUGGUACCGGCAGUGAGUCCAGUGUCGCCCCCACCCCUUGUGGAUCUCCCGGUGAUAGAUUUUAACCCUUGUAUGGUCGGUCCGGUCUCCUAAAUGACCGGGUGGGUAGGCCGAUGUAUCGGUUAAGAGUUGGUUGAGAACCAUGUUUUGUAGCUGAUCUUUCUGGAAGUGCCGCUGGAAGGGUGGUUGUUUUGAUCCCGUAGGUCGCAGACGGUUAUGUUUAAUGCCUGGUGAGCGCAGCGGGUUGUGGUAUUGUACUUUUAUCGUACUUUUUUGGCAGCAUCGUCGGCAUAGGUCGCUGUUUCUCUGGUGGUUCGUUGUGAUGAUGCGGGGCCGCCUCGUCCGUCCUGGCCCCGAUAGGUAUCCUGGGCGGUGGGAUGGCAGUCCGCCACGACCACCCUCCCCAUGUUGACGGGACGGUGCUGUGAGGUGGGCCAGGUCAUUUUGAGCAGCUGCCGCCAGCCGCAAUACGCAUGCUCAUCCGUAUCACAACCCAAUCGAUAUCGUAUCUCGUGCCAUCGCGCAGAGUCUUGUUUUAGAUGCGGCAAUCAACAGAGUUGUGCCGUUCCUGCUAAGUUUCUUAGACCUAUUUAUCGUGCUCAUAUCUUCCAAUCGUGAGGUCGUUGGCCAAUAAACCAUUCCUAUUCGAAUAUCCGACUGAGUUGAGAGGUGGUUAUGGAUCGUUUAACGUUACCGAUGUCUCCGCGUCAGGUUCCAGCUCAUCCAAUGCUUAAUCUACAAGGUAUCUAUGAUAGAUUAAUGCGUGUCGUAUGUCUGUCUUUUGUGUAGAGUUACUGUCACAUAUCGCAUGCCUCGAAUUGAUAAAAAAUAGUCUGCAUUGUAGUGUUACCAAACGCUUCUUCGUACGUAGCUUUGCAUUGGUCAUACCAAAAUGUUUCCGUACUUAGCUUUGCUUUUAUCAUGUAGCAUUUCCGUCUCGUUUCCAGCAGCCCGCAUUGUAGCCAGUUUGCAUUUUGUGUUCCGCAGUUGUUCGCUUUUUCGCUGUUGUCCCGCUGUCCGUCGUUAUGUUCUGUUGCCAUCUGUAUUUGUUAGCGGUGACUGCUGUCGAUUCCGUUUGUCUCGUUCUACCCCGUAGGCGGUAUUUCGCCCGUUAGAAUCAUCUUAUCCGGUUACGUUACGUUAACUUUGCUUCUCGCCUAUAUGUGCUCCAUGUCUCAAAGUCUGGUGCCCAGGAUUCAUGGGAAGUUAGGCAAUGAGACGUGAUAAACGAUUGGAUGCGACUUUGACUAGUGGUCCUCUGCAGUUGGCUCUUGAUUUCAAAAUGUAUAACCUGCUAGGAAGCCUUCUGUAUGCCGCCGCCAUCCCACGCUGCCUCACCAGUCACAAGGCCCCGGUCUGCCCUCGAGACAUCUCCUCAGAUGAGACCAGUCUCCGUCCAUCCCGCCUAUUAGUUCGUCUGUCCGUCUGUCGUCAGUUUGACUGUCCAUUUCCGUCCGUCUGUCCGUUUGUCCGGCGCUCGUCUGUCCGUCUGUCGUUCUGUCCGUCUCUUCGCUCGUUCGUCUGUCCGUCAACACAUCGUCUACUUUUCUGUCCGUCCGUCUAUCUGUCUAUCUGUUCGUUCGUCUGGCCUGUUCAUGAGUUCAGUAUAGCGUCCCGUUGUCCCGUGUCGUCGCCGCCCGCCGCGAGGUGGCGCUGCCGUCUCCCGUCUGCUCUUCGCCUCGGCGCUGCCUGUCGCCGCCGGUCCGUCACCCUGGUAUCUCGUCUCUCGUUCCAGGUGGUUAGUCUGUCCCGAUCGUACGAGGACGCCAUGGAGACACUGCCUUUCCACUUCUGAGCGGGCCAGCCGGCGUCUGAUGCAGCUCAACAGCGCGGCACCCUGACCUGCUGCAACGUCGCACCACGACGGUUGGUCUGAGCUGUGACUGUUCGAUUCAGCUGGGGCCUCGGUCGACUCUUUUGGGCCUUGAUGGCCUAAUUGACCUCAGUCGCCCCGGUUGAACUCUGGUGACCUCAGCUGUGACCUCGGCUGACUACUAUUCGUCGACCGGUACAAAACAAAGGACCGAGUGUGGCAGGGCGGCGGACUGCUGUAUUUACAGCGCACAGGACGGUACUUGCCGCACGUGUUGCGCACAGGGCCACCACACACAGGCCAGGCCGGCACAGUGGUUCGCGACAUGAGUUUGCUCCCGGUCGGUGUAGAGACAGCGAGGAGGGCCAGUCGUGUGUUAUGUUGGCAGUGAGGGGCUGUGGGAUGGAUGAAGAGGUCAGUGGCUGUGUGUGGGUCGGUCGCAGUGGCGCCGACCCGUGCCAGUAGAGUGAAGCCACGUAUCAGUAAAAAGGCAGAGUUCAGGGUCCGAGUGGCCAGUGGGCUACCAUGACAAUCGUGUCAGUUUGAGGAUGUGAUGGACGCGGCCUAAGUUGAUUGCGGAAAUGACAGUGAUCGGCUUAUUUAAGCUCUGUCUUGUGGUUUAGGAGGCUGAUGCAUUGACCAGGGUCGCAGUGUCCGCUGUAUAAGCAUUCAGUUUCCAUAACUGACACAUCUUUACCCGAUAUUUCCCAUCUUCACUAUCCAGCGAUGCCGAGAUAUUAUGUGCUUAUAGCAGACGUGCGUGAUAUAGUAUAAUCGAUUGUGUUCAAUAUCUGACAACGGUCUAUUUGGCACUAUUGUGCGAUGUAUUUGACUACUGUGAGUGCUCUGUGGGUCUUGUAUAUUCUGUCCUUUACACUGGAGAUCGGGCUGUCCUUAUCAUGCUUCUGCUCGGGCUCUUGACCCACUAUUUCAAAGACUUCGCGACUAGCGUUUUUUAAUCUAGCCUCAUUCUGUUUUCUUACAUAUCGUUUUUCGCCUUUCAUUUAGACCAUGGGUAGAAGAAUGUUAUCACAUUCUAUAGCUAGACACUGGUUAGGUGGGUUUGACAAUGAAUUGCUGUGUAUCUGUGCUGCGCGCGACAACGAGCCCCCCCCCCCCCCGCCGGGCAGACAGUGUGAUAUGCCCCGGGCUCGGAAAAAGCAGCGAGGUUGUGUGAUGCAUUCAGCCCACGGUGCUCGCGACCCGAUCUGGCUGGGCAGCAUGCUCUAUGCAAUCGCCCAGUGGAACGCUGUUUGACCAGAUGCCGUUGUAGCCAGUGCCUGUGAAACCCCGCUGUCUAAAGACACAAGCCUGCUGUGCAUUUGAGCGUACCGUGUGCCCGCGUCCUGGUAGCACUGUUCUGGUAGGAUCCGCGGCUGAGGUAGGGAUCACCCGGCCCGGCCCGGACCCUCAGAGGCGACGGUCUGAGCGGCUAUAGUAGCAGAGCCUGAACGAUCGCGCGAUACUGUCAUAACUUAUAGCGAGACGCGAAAAUACAUCAUUAUUUGUCGUA